AAACUUUGUCAAGUGUUUCUAUCAGCUCUGGGUGGUCCUUCCACUAAAAGGGAAAAAAAAAUAAUGGAAAAUAUGACUUUGUGGUGCCAACAAUGGUUGUUAAACUUUCCAUCUGAAAAUCUGCAAAACUAAAAUCUCCCCUAUUAUUAUCUACCUUCCACUGGCUUUAGCUAGAUAGACUUGAUUCAACCAUGGCUUUUCGUGGUCCGAGACUCGUCGUGCCGAUAGACCUAAGGAAGAAGCCAUGGGAGCAGGAACUUCCGCUUCAUAACCGGUGGCACCCGGACAUACCUCCGGUGGCAGAGGUUAAAGAAGGAGAGGUUUUUAGGGUUGAGAUGGUGGACUUCAGUGGAGGAGGGAUUACGAAAGACUACUCUGCCGAGGACGUCAAAUAUGCUGAUCCAUCUAUUGUCCAUUACCUCAGUGGGCCGAUCAGAGUUCUGGAUGCAGAUGGUGUUCCAGCCAAGCCAGGCGAUCUUCUUGCAGUUGAAAUCUGCAACUUAGGUCCUCUUCCUGGAGAUGAAUGGGGUUAUACAGCAACAUUUGACAGAGAAAAUGGCGGUGGCUUUUUAACUGACCAUUUUCCUUGUGCAACCAAAGCUAUAUGGUAUUUUGAAGGAAUAUUUGCUUACUCUCCUCACAUACCAGGCGUGCGAUUUCCAGGUUUGACUCACCCGGGAAUAAUUGGAACUGCUCCAUCUAUGGAACUUCUUGAUAUAUGGAAUAAAAGGGAAAGAGAACUUGAAGAAACUGGUCUUCAAUCUCUGAAAUUAUGCGAGGUUUUGCAUUCACGGCCAUUGGCAAACCUACCAUCAACUAAAGGUUGUCAUCUUGGAAAGAUUCAAAAAGAAAAUCCUGAAUGGGAAAAGAUUGCUAAAGAGGCUGCAAGAACAAUUCCAGGAAGAGAAAACGGAGGAAACUGUGACAUCAAAAAUCUCAGCAGAGGAUCAAAAAUAUACCUUCCAGUAUUUGUGGAUGGAGCAAAUUUUAGUACUGGGGACAUGCACUUUUCUCAAGGCGAUGGUGAAGUCUCAUUCUGUGGAGCAAUCGAGAUGAGUGGUUUUCUAGAGCUCAAGUGUGAAAUUAUUAGAGGUGGAAUGAAAGAGUAUCUCACACCAAUGGGACCCACUCCCCUUCACGUAAACCCAAUAUUUGAGAUUGGCCCCGUCGAGCCAAGAUUCUCAGAGUGGUUAGUAUUUGAGGGCAUUAGCGUUGAUGAGAGUGGAAGGCAGCACUACCUUGAUGCCAGUGUCGCUUACAAGCGUGCAGUGCUCAAUGCAAUUGACUACCUAUCCAAAUUUGGGUACUCCAAAGAACAGAUUUAUCUUCUACUAUCAUGCUGCCCAUGUGAAGGAAGGAUUUCUGGAAUAGUUGAUUCCCCCAAUGCCUGCGCCACCCUUGCAAUCCCGACUACUAUAUUUGAUCAGGAUAUUCGUCCAAAAUCCAACAAAGUGCCAGUUGGACCCAAGCUUAUCAGGAAGCCAGAUGUCCUAAAAUGCACUUAUGAUGGAGAUUUGCCGAUCACGAAGAAUCCUGGUGCCACAAUAUAAUUUUUAAGUGUGGGGCAAAUUAAAAGCAGCAUAUACAGUGAAUAUCAUUACAUACCUACCUUCUGGGCAUGUAGACAUAAAUUGAAGUUAUAGAUGGAGGAUUUAUAAGUGGCUCUUCAUUCUGGCUAAGUAAUAGAAACAGAAUAUAUUAAUGAUGGCAAGUAUUUAAAACUUAUGAAAGUGUAUAACCUAGCCACAGUUAUACCUGAGAUAAUUUUUCUAGCAAACUACCAUAAAUCUGUAGUAACAUACAAAAGAAAAAGUACAUGAUUUUCACACA